AUGAUUCAUGCUCAGCUUAAGCUUUUGAAUAUGCAAAAAUCUUGUCUUAUCACAAUAGUAUAUGGAGAACAUACAUUUGUGAAUCGGCGGUCACUUUGGGCUGACCUUAUUCGGCUCUCUUCGUGUGAGCUGCCUUGGAUUGUUGCUGGAGAUUUUAAUGCCAUUAGAGACCCGGAUGAUAGAGUGGGUAGCACAACUCCCUGGAUUCCAGCCUUUGAUGAAUUUGGGGACUGCCUUAACCAGGCGGGACUAGAGGAUCUUCGUUAUGUGGGCUGUAGAUACACAUGGACUCAUUCUUCAGGUGAUAAUCGGAAACUUCGCAAGAUUGAUCGAGUGCUCAUUAAUGACCUAUGGAACCAACUUUUCUCCUUCUCGGAAGCCACCUUCCUUGCGCCAGGUAUCUCUGAUCACUCCCCCAUGGUGAUAAAAAAUUUUCCGCCACUUAGCUCCAAUAAACCUUUCAAGUUUUUCAACUUCUGGGCUACACAUCCAAAAUACUUGGACUUAGUAGCUCAAGCCUGGGAUACUCAUAUAGUAGGCACUCCUAUGUAUAUGAUAUGCUGCAAACUUUGGGUGCUUAAAGCAAAGCUGAAACACUUGAAUAGAAGUUCAUUCUCUGCUAUUUCCACAAGGACUGAACAGGCCAGAUCAGACCUAUAUGCUAUUCAGGUAGCCUUGGAGUGUCAUCCCUUUGAUCAGAGCCUGCUUGAUAGAGAAGUGGAGUACUUACGAUCCUUCUCUGCACUGAGAUUACAAGAGGAAUCCUUCUUCAUACAGAAAUCCAGGAUUCGAUGGCUCAAAGAGGGGGACAUGAAUACUAAAUUCUUUCAUCAUUUUGUUAACAAAAGGCUGUCACAAAAUCGAAUCCUUUCGGUGUCUUCCGAUGACGGUGUUCUACUAACUGACCCACAAGCGGUCAGGAACCACAUUGUUGGUCACUUUCAGGAGCUACUCAAUGGUAAUUCUGCGUCUAUCCAGCCAUUUGUCCGUGAGAUAAGGGAUUUCAUUGGCCGGGUUUUAGAUGAGAAUCAGAGGAACCGCCUAGCACAAUCGGUUUCGAAUGAGGAAAUUCAGUCUACCCUGUUUUCACUUGCUAGAGGCAAAGCCCCUGGGCCAGAUGGGCGUAUUGCUCAUGUCUUACCAACUUUGAUUGGCCCUUCUCAAACGGCUUUCGUUAAAGGACGCAGAAUUAGUGACAACAUCAUGAUUGCUCAAGAGUUGUUCGCGGACUUUCAUCAUGGGGCUUACCUUCCUAAGUGCGCCAUCAAAGUGGAUUUUCAGAAAGCUUUUGACACAGUCGACUGA